AUGGCGGACGCUGAUGCCGACGAGGCUGUGAGUGGGAAGCGGAAGAGGCGUGGUGGCAACAGGCGUAAGACAGGAUGUGCGACUUGCAAGAAGCGUCACAUACGUUGCGAUGAGAAGUCUCCAAGAUGUGGGAACUGUGAACGGCUAGGACUAGAAUGUCAAGCUUCAGACUUCAUUGCACAGUCGACAUGGCACGCUGCGAAGCCUGAUCAGCACAGAAGGGCUCAGCGGCAGAAACGGCCGAGAGCGUCUGAGAAGGAUGCGAACGACACUUAUACAAGCCAUCAUAGCGGAAGUGGGUCGCCAGCAGUCGACGAAGUACACAGUCUGGGCACUGUCGAUCAUCAAAAUGAAUCUCCAGCCCACGAUAGCCCGCUCAAUUUGACGGAAGAAAACGUCUAUCUGUUGGCUACUUACCGAUCAGGCGUGGCAACUUGGAUGGAUGUCUUUGAUAAAGGCAAGACUUAUCAAGAGGAUGUCACCAAAAUUGGCACCACCUGUCCACUUCUCCUUCGCUGCAUUUGUGCGUUUACCGCCAAGCAUCUUUCACUCAAGAAGUCGGGCGCCGUCUGGGAACCAAUAGCAUCUCGAUACUACGUCGAAGCACUCAAUCUUCUGAUCAGGGAGAUUGACUGUUCUGCGCCUACCGCAAACAGCCUCACUGCAGCGAUACUACUCAGCAGCUACGAGGUCACGGCAGCGCUAAGUGUGCCACACAGGUCCCACACCAAGAACGUGUCCGCUCGAUCCUCGGGCUCUGACGGCAAGAACUUUUGGAUAUAUGUGCGUCACGAGCUUGUUGUUGCUCUGAUAAACGAGAGCCCUCUGCAGCUUGACCCUCGAGAUUGGCAGAUGCGGGCACUAGAAUCCCACACCGGGGAAGAUCGACUUGCGAUGCACAUGAUGUGGCUUGCUGGCAUCGCCAUUAAUAUGGUGUUUGACGAAGAGUCUGAUACAGACAGAGCACAGCUGAUUGAAAGUCUCCAAUCGUGGUAUCGUCAAUGUCCGCCUACAUUUAAAGGUGCUGCGUACGGUAAUAUCGAUGGGGAAGGGCUUCAGAAAGUGUUCUUCGCGGUGCCAGCGGCUGCAGCGGCAAUGCUGUGGUACCACCUGUCUUGCGUGAUUAUCUAUGCAGAGCGGUGCGGUAACAGCUUAUUUCAGCCGAAAAGGGCUCAGGAUCACGCGAAAACAAUACUUGGCAUCUGCAUUGCCGAUCUGCCAGAUUGUGUACGCUGUUUCGCAAUCAUGCCGCUCUACAUUGGUAAGAAAUUGAAUGGUGCGCUCUUGUCGAUGUGGUGGACGCUGAUGUUUAUGCAGUCGGAAAACAUGCCGACAAUUUCACCAUGA